GAAGUGGCAUGGCGCGGCGGAUGUGUGUUUUUGAUUCCCUUCUCUCCGGGACCCAGGGAUAACAGCGGGGUCACACACUGACUGUAGCCGGCCGCGGCACCGCUAUUCCGGCGGUGAGGCGACUCGAGAAUCCGAGCAUGUUCGACGGAUUCCGGAAGGAGCCCGCCCGUCCUCCGCGGAGGGUGUCCGCCGCCGCGGAGCUCGCAGACAAUGUUGACCUGCAGGACGUCGAUCUGGUCGAGGUGUACACUCCCAGGGAGGCUCAUACCGGGAGGGACAGAGCGAGCGCGGCGGCCGGAGGGAGGACGGAGCGGAGGGGCAGCAUUCCGCAGCCACCGGCGGUCCACCAGAGGCACAUGCCCACAGCGCCCCUCAAGCUAACUAUACCCAGGAAAACCAAGGAAAACAGGGGUCUGCUGUCGUACAUCUCCACAGAGUCCAGGGAGUACGAGGACAUGAUGACCGCCCUCACGUCCAGCUACAUCGACACAAACUCCGCCGGCUGCUUCACGUACUGCAAGCCGCGACUGGUCAACAACGAGCUGCUGGAGAAAGAGUUCGUGGAGAAGAGGAGGGAGAUGAAGGCGGAGGGGAGAACCGAGAAGGAGCUGGAGGAGAGUUACUGCUUCCUGCUGGCUGACAGCGCCAAGGUGCAGGCGCUGUGUGAGAAGGGGCUGUGUUUAUCCCAGAGCCAGAUGACCGUGCUGGGAAACCCCAGUAAAGGUGUGUAUCUGUCCAGGUACUCAGACCUGCUCCAGAAGAACCCUCUCACCCCCGGAACAACAGGAGAGAUCAUCAUCUUCAAAGUGAUGAAGGGAAAGGUAAAGAGCAUCUAUGAGAACAUAAAGAACCUUCUGGAUCCGACGCCUCGCUUCGACAGUCACAUCUCUAAAAAUGCCAGCAAGGUCACCUCGCUCACUUCCUACCGCGCCUUCGAGCUCACGCAGCAAUACUUCUAUGAGUACUCCUUUGACGAGCUGCGGCAGCGGCCUCGCCAGGUGUGUCCGUACGCCGUCAUCUCCUUCCAGAUGAAAGGAAAAGAUGCUCCCGUUCCCAGCAUACCUUUGGCGCCAGUCAGGAUGAACAGCCAAUCAGCAGAGGGGACUAAAGAGGACACUCAGUUCACAGUGUGGUCCGGCGAGUUGGUGAAAGAUCACCGUGUCCUCUUCCACGUCUCCUUCCGGUCGUCCUCCCCGCCCUUCCUGCCCCACAAACUACCAGACAAGCUGGAGUUUGGUUAUGUGAUGAGACUGCAGCAGGUGACCAAGCUCAUCCCCUCCGGCCUGCUGUCCUACAACCUGUACACCGGCAGCCGGGAAGUUGAGAAGAACGGGUAUUUCUGCAGUCUCCUGGAGGUGAUCGACAAGACCCGGUCCACCACCAGCGUGACAAAGCUGCUGCACGAGCUGGAGGUCAAGAGACUGGUCGUGGUGAUCCCGCUGACGGAGAGAGGUUUCCUCUUCCUGCUGUCCAGCGUUCAGAUGGCCUCGCCUGCAGAGCGAGCAGAGAGCUGGAAGAGGAGUCUCCAGGCCCUGUUCGUCUUCCCACAGACCAGAGACGUGGCCAGAUACGCCACAUGCCGGUCCUCCUCGUCCCAUCAUGCCUCAGAGUUCUCCUCCAGCGCGCCGGAGAUGCCCCACAUGGACAAGUUCAUUCCGGCGCUGCAUCACGCGCUGGUCAAAGCCCGCGCUAACCCGCCCCCCGAGCUGUCGGCCGGCGUGGAGCAACAGGCGCGGGAAUACCUGAGCGGGCUGGGGGAAGGCAAGGUUCGACACUACCCGAUGGGCGAGUACGACGCCAAGCUGGAUGAGCAGGGGGAGCAGCUUCCCGUUCCCAAGCACCAUCGCGUCAACAUGGACAGCUACGUGCACUGCUACCUGAGUAACCCCGCCUUCUACCUGCUGUCGGUGCCCCGGGCCAGGCAGAUGAUGGAGGCGCACUGCGUGGCCGAGCCGGCGCCGGAGGCCACACCUCGGCUGAGCGCCGGCGAGCAGAGAGGCUCGGCCAGGAAGGAGCCGGCGAGCAACGAUAAAGACAAGCAGAACAAGACUCAGAAGAUGCAGCAGCUCAUAGAUCUCGUUCUGACCUGCAAGAGGAAUGCGGAGAACGAGGUGAGGAUGGAAGAGGGAGCCGGACCGAAGGCCACAGGGAAGAAGAGGAAGAUGGAACAGGAGACGGCGGAGCGGGCGCUGAAGUUCCUGAAGGCAUCACAGGAAACCGGAACACAGGAGCGAACCACAGGAAGCAACGCCGCCUCUUCCUCCUCCUCCUCCUCCUCUCCUCCUCUCUCCUAUUCCUCGGUGAUGGGCUCAGUGGGUUUGAAGGAUGUUGAUUUAAGGGAGGAAGGAUCUGAACUUGCUUCCAAACUUUUCACCCUGCUGAAAGGCCUCACCCGGGCUGCCGGUGGAGGGACCAAUCAGAGCCUUUUGGAGGCAGCAGAGACGGGACCGGGGGAGUCCUGGCCCUUCGAUCGGCUGGCUGCGAAGCUCGGUCUGCCGACCAACUGCGACAUCGACCUGAGGAAGCAGGACGAGCUGGAGGAGCAGAUGGCGGGCAGCGUCAGUAGCUCGGAGGGAUUCAGUCCCGGCUCGCACAGCGGGGAGAUGAACCACGCCCCGGCGGCGGGGCGAGGACGAGGGCCGGGGAAGAAAGCACAUGUUUACGAGGAGAGCGAGGAGCUGAUCCCGUGGAUCCUCAUCCCCAUAACAGGUCUGUGUUCGGAGAGGUACUCCUACAGAGACAGGAACCUCCCAGAGGACCCUCGUUUCCAGCAUCACGCCACGGCAACCGCCGUCUUUUCCAAGGCCGGAUCUCCAGGGAGGAGCCCCGCCCCCUCCCCGCCCCCAUCCCCCGUCCCCAGCCCCCCUCCCUCCACUUCCCAGUGCCCGUCUCCUGACCCCAGCCCCCCUCCCUCCCCCUCCCAGUGUCCGUCUCCCGACCCCAGCCCCCCUCCCUCCCCGUCUCAGUGCCCGUCCCCGGAGCCCAGCUCCCCGCCGUCCCCACAGCGUCCUCUACCUGUUCCCCCUUUCAGGGGCCCGCCCAACUCUCCUCCCCCCUCCUCCUCCUCCUUCCCCCUCUCGUCGUCGUGGGCCUGGUCCCUGGAACCCAAUAAGCUCAGCGCGCUCAUCAAGAAGGAGAGCGGCGCUAACGAGGAGCGGUUAGCUGCCCCGCCCUCCCGGGAGCUCGCAGGACAAAGAGAAGAGAAGAACGAGGAGCCAUCCGUCCGUCCGUCCAACCCUCCAGAUCCAGAGAGGACUCGACUCUCGCCUCCUCCCACCGAGUGGGCGGUGGAGGAGCCGAGGACGAGGAACUACCUGAAGCAGGCUGUUUAUGGCGGGGAGGAGGCGGAGCUCGCCGCUGAAAAGGAGCUGAUGGGAAAAGUAAACCAGCUGCGUGGCUCCUGUGCAUUUCCCCCCUCCGUCUCCUCAGUGCCUCCCGACACCCGCCGGAAGAUCGACGACAUCGUGGACAAACACCUGGGGGUCUUCUCGUCCGAGAUGCAGCUGCUCCUGCGGGGGGAGAACAUCCACUACAGCUUCCCUCAGUCCCCCCACUCCACCUCAGCCACCGAGUCCCCCACACCUCGGCACACACUCCCGUACCAAGCCUUGUCCCGGUUCUCACAGUACGUGUCCUUCCACAACCCGUGCCCGCCGGUCCGGGACUACGUCAACUCCCUGCAGGACAGCAUGGAGAGCGUGGUGAGGGAGCUGGACGACGGUUGGCCCGUCAAGAAGAACGCAGACUCCAUGCUGGCGAACAACGUCAGUGCCUUUGUGGCCAGCGUUCGAGCAAGCGGCGCGAGCGAAGACGAAUCGGUGGCUGCUGACGGCGGAGGUUCAGACGGCCAGAACCACGGGCGGGCCGGUGGAGACGAGGCGUGGCACCGGGAUUCAAACUGCAGCAGUUCGGUCACUUCGUCUGUCCCCGCCGCCGCGGACUCCCCCGUCCCCAGCCGUCCCCAGUGGCAGCCGCAGAAAGGUUCAGGGGUCACGAGAGCCGCCGUCGCUCGAGACACGAGCGCUGGUGGGCGUAUAUUCUUCACCGCUGACGGGGAGGGCGGGGCCAGCAGUGACAGGACUCCGGGGCUCAGCGCCUCGUCUCAGACUGGUGAGCAGAACUCCAUCACGAGCUCUGCUCCCGUCCCCGGGGCCGCCGCCGCAGGCCCCGGCCCUCCGGCCGCCGACCUGAGCUCCCUGAUCAGCCAGCUGCAGCCGGAGGUCUUCAGCAACCUGGUGGAGAUCAUGAAGGACGUGAAGAGAAACUCUGUGCUCUUCCACCUGCACAGCACCGAGCCGCUGGAUCCGGCGGACAAAGACGUCAAGGAGCACCUGCUGAAGCAAGGCAACGUGGAGAAGAAUCCUGUGGACUUCCUGAGGGAGGGAAACCCCGACAGCAGGCUGCUGGUCAUCAUUAAGAACAAAGACAUCGCUGCACACGUGCACAAGAUUCCGGGCCUGGUCUCUCUGAAGCGACACCCGUCUGUGGUGUUCGUGGGAAUCGACACGCUGGACGACAUCAGGAACAACAGCUACAACGAACUGUUCGCGUCGGGCGGCUGCAUCGUCUCCGACGAACUGACCCUCAGUCCAGACUUCAUCUCUCACAAGCGUUUGACGUCGCUGCUGUCCGUCCUGAAACAGAACAGUUCAGCAGAGAGAGUCUGGAAGUGGAAGAUUCACAGCAGAACACUGAAAAAACUGAAAGAACAAGCCAAAUUCAAGAGAGAAGCCGCCAGCCUCCUGGAGGUGCUGACAGCCUAUCAGGAGCUUCAGAUCGUGGAGGUCCUCCCCCAUCACCACUGUGACAUGAGCAGCAUGCAGUCGCCGGACCUGGAGUGUCUCAUCCAGCUCCAGGCCCGGUACACCCAGUACCGACACACCGUCUUCCUCACCGAGCAUCGUUUCGAGACCUUCCCUGCCUACCCCAACGCCGGCAUCGUUGUGGCCAGUAUUGACGAAAUCCUGACCGACUUCAGCAGGCUCACCUGCUGCCACGGCAUCAAAGAGGAGCAGCCGUCUGUUGAGGAUCUCUCGGCUUCCAAAGCAGGUCUGUGUUCUGCACUGGACUUUUCCCAGUCUACAUCAAGACCCCAUGACCCGCCUGAAGGAUGCUUAAAAGAUAAGCGACCAGGAGAUGAUGAAAACUAUUCAGAGCCGAAGGACGUGGCGCUCGGCUCCGACGGUGGUCGUCCGUCUGCCUCCCCAUCCAGCUCCUCGCUGGAGCCUGAUGAGACCUCCGGAGACAUUCAGAGCAGGAACGUGAACUCCAACAUGCCUCAGGAGGUUUCCUUAAACCAAGUGACCGUGGAGGACUCGAAGUACAACCACAAGAUGGGCCCUCACUGGGGAGCAUGUGGGAAAAGAGCUUUAAGGAUUCAGCUGUACGGCCCCAGUGGGCAGCGAUGGCAGGACGAUGCUCUCACAGAUCCCAACGUCUGGCAGCACAUCGUCUGUAUGCGAGUGGGAUAUGUCCCUCGCCAUCCUCCCUACAAGCGGUGGGCCCCGAACGAAGCGGUGGCCCUCGUCAAUCAGUCCACUCAUUUGGCCACCUCCGCAAUUAAAGUGGAAGGAAAGCCUGAGUGGUUGGAGGAUGUCCUUGUGUCGCUGUACUCCUUCAGGGACAGGCUCUGGGCCAGAGUGGAGACGAUAGGCUGCCACCCCAACGGCCUUCCUUCUACCUUCUGCUACCUUGAAUCUGAGAGGAGGAAUCUCUCAAACCUGGUGAGGGGACAGCACAUGGUGGAUGGUUGGAACUUUCAAAGGCCCCGAGAUAAUGGAAACCAGUCAGAACUCGCAGUACCAUCUUCAGGCUCAGAGGAGGAUCCGAAGAGAAGACCUGAAAGCUAUAACGAGAAGAGAAUACAGUUUUAUCACAACAGUGGGAUAAAGUGUCGUCAUAGUUUCCUAAAACAGCCAAAAAACUGGCUUGAAAUAUCCUACGUGAGAGUAGGGCGCGUCCCGAAGCGCCCCCCCUUCAUGAUGUGGGACACCAGCAAGGUCAUCGCCCUCCUGAACGAAUCGAGCCACGACAGAACCGUGGGGACGGCUGCAGAGGCAAAGAAUGGUUUGCUUGAGAAAGUCAUUGUGUCUGCCUACACCCACGAGAGGGGCCUGUGGGCCAAAGUGGAGGCCGUGGGAAUCAGCCCGAUGCGCUCCCUCGCACCAUUUGCUACUUCAUCUCCGAUUAGAGCAAACUCUUCUCCUCACCGUGAAAGGACAGUGAAGACUGGAAGAUGAGGGAGUUUCCUGGAGAUGAUGUGACAAGCUUAAUGAGUGUUUGAAAAUGAAUCAGGAUCUUGGAUCCUCGACCAAGAGAGUCCACGCAGUUCAGGAUGAACACACGGGUACAACGAUCUACAGCGUUGAGAUAGGUUUAUCUGAACUUUGUUGUGCUUUUUGCAUUUAGCAGAAAAUUCUCUACAGUUUGAGAAAUAAAUGUAAUUUCUUUAUGUUUUGACAACUUUGUCAAAAACUGAUUUACUUCGUAUUAAUCUUGUAUGGAUUAGAAAAAGCUCUAUUACCGCUCAUUAUUGAAGGAAGGCAUUUCAUGCCUGCCGCAGGAAGCUGUGAAGGAAGCUUUGCGUUGCUCUACCACAACCUGACGACUCAGACCAGAGGGGAGACCUGAAGAGACAUUAAAGAAAAGAUGAGAGCAGGAGGAAGCCCCCCCCCCCCAAACCCUCCAGUCACGGCGGCUUCAGGCCUCCACCUCAAAGGAAAACAUUG